AUGGAGGGCGGCGGCGGGCGCGGCUCGAGCAGCGCGCUCUUCUCCGGCUUCCGCGCCCUCGGGCUCUUCAGCUCCCACAUCCCACACGUGGUUCGCUACCACGGCCGGCACCGCAGGUUCUACGUGACAACCUGCGUGGGGAAGAGUUUCCACACCUACAAUGUCCAGAAGCUUAGUCUGGUGGCAGUAAGCAAUUCUGUACCUCAGGAUAUCACUUGCUUGGCAGCUGAUGGGAGGCUGGUCUUUGCUGCAUAUGGGAAUGUUUUCUCUGCAUUUUCCCGAAACAAAGAGGUAGCACAUACCUUCAGGGGUCACAAUGCAGAAAUUCACCUCUUACAGCACUUUGGGGAUCAUGUCAUCUCUAUUGAUACAGACAGUAUUCUCAUUAUUUGGCAUGUAUAUUCAGAAGAGAAGUACCUGCAGUUGACCUUUGAUAAGGCUGUUUUUAAGAUUUCUGCCAUUUUGCAUCCAAGUACCUACUUGAACAAAAUUCUCCUUGGGAGUGAGCAAGGAAGCCUGCAGUUGUGGAAUAUUAAAUCCAACAAACUUCUGUAUACAUUUCCAGGAUGGAAUCUUGCAGUGACAGCUCUCCAACAGGCACCUGCAGUGGAUGUCAUUGCAGUUGGACUUGUAUCUGGUCAGAUUAUUAUCCACAACAUUAAAUUUGAUGAAACACUGAUGAAGUUUCGCCAAGAUUGGGGUCCCGUCACUUCAAUUUCUUUCCGCACAGAUGGACAUCCAGUAAUGGCAUCUGGUAGCCCACUUGGUCAUAUCAGUCUCUGGGACCUGGAAGAGAGAAAACUAAUCAAUCAAAUGAGAAAUGCUCAUUCCACAGCAAUUGCUGGUCUGACAUUUCUCCAUGGAGAGCCACUUCUCCUUACUAAUGGUGCUGAUAAUGCCCUGAGGAUUUGGAUAUUUGACAGUACUGCAGGUGAAGGUCGGCUUUUGAAAUUCAGAAUGGGUCAUAGUGCUCCUAUAACUAAAAUUAGAUACUAUGGACAAAAUGGACAGCAAAUUCUUAGUGCAAGUCAUGAUGGUACUUUGCAGUCAUUUUCCACAAUUCAUGAAAAAUACAACAAGAAUUUGGGACAGGGAAUGAUAAAUAAAAAGCAAGCCAAACGUAAAGGCCUUAAGAAUUGUGAGUCCAUGAGACUUCCACCUAUAACAGUAUUCGUAGCAGAGAAUGCUCGUGAGAGUGACUGGGAUGGAAUCAUUGCUUGCCAUCAAGGAAGAUUUUCUUGUUCAACUUGGAAUUACCAAAAAUGUACCAUGGGAUCUUAUUUUCUGAAACCAGAAAAUUGGAAGAAAGAUAAACAACAUAACACAACUGCAUCAGCUAUAGAUAUAACUUCCUGUGGAAAUUUUGCUAUAAUUGGUCUUACAUCAGGAAAGGUUGAUGUCUAUAAUAUGCAAUCUGGUAUGCAUCGAGGUUCAUUUGGAAUGGAAAAAGCCCAUGAAGGUGCUGUUAGAGGAGUGGCAGUAGAUGGAUUAAACCAGUUAACAGUUACAGCUGGUAGUGAAGGAUUACUCAAAUUUUGGAACUUUAAGAGUAAGAUGUUAAUUCACACUACAAACCUAAGUUCAUCUCCAAGUAUCAUACUGCUGCAUAGAGACAGUGGCAUCCUGGGAAUUGCCUCAGAUGACUUCAGUCUAAACGUUGUAGAUAUAGAAACCAGAAGGACGGUCAGAGAAUUUUUGGGACAUGAAGGCCAGAUAAAUGACAUGGCUUUCAGUCCUGAUGGUCGUUGGUUAAUAAGCGGUUCAAUGGAUUGCUCAAUUAGGAUUUGGGAUCUUCCAUCUGGGUGCCUUAUAGACUGUUUCUUGGUGGAUUCAGCACCUCUCAGUCUUACUAUGUCUCCCACUGGAGAUUUUCUGGCCACUUCCCAUGUGGAUAAUCUUGGAAUUUAUCUGUGGUCUAACAUUUCCCUGUAUUCACUUGUUUCAUUACGGCCACUUCCAGCAGAUUAUGUUCCUUCUGUUGUAAUGCUUCCUGGUACCUGCCACAGCCAAGAAGUAGAACUCUUAGAAGAAAUUGAAGGACCAAAUGAUGAAAUGAUAGAUUAUGACUCACCCGAACAGCUCAAUGAGCAGCUGUUAACUCUGUCACUACUACCUGAAUCAAGGUGGAAAAAUCUUCUCAAUCUUGCAGUUAUUAAGAAAAAGAAUAAACCAAAGGAACCUCCCAAAGUGCCCAAGUCAGCACCAUUUUUUAUACCUACAGUUCCUGGCCUUGUACCAAAAUACCUUUCCUCUGAACAAGAUACAGAUGCCCAACAGUCUAAAGUGAUAAAUCUUGGAAUUUUGGCUCAAAAAUCUGACUUCUGUCUGAAACUUGAAGAAGGACUGAACCAUAAUAAAUAUGAAUCUCCACUUAAUGUUCUUAAGGAAUUGGGUCCUUCAGCAAUUGAAAUAGAGCUACGCAGCUUAUCUCCAGAAUGUGGUGGCUCUGUAAAACUCAUGCAGAGUUUCUUGAAAAUGAUUGAGGCAAUGUUAACCACAAAGCGUGAUUUUGAACUGGCCCAGGCAUAUCUAGCUUUAUUUUUAAAGUUGCAUCUUAAAAUUCUUCCUUCAGAGCCAGUACUACUAGAAGAAAUGACCACGUUGUCUUCACAGUUGGAGGAGACCUGGAUCCAUCUGCAGUCCCUCUUCAAUCAAAGCCUAUGUGUUUUAAAUUUUAUAAAAAGUGCUUUGUUAUGAAGCACAUAUUUCUUAUUCCUGCUAAAUCUAAAAAGUCAGAAACCUGCAAUUUUUGAAGGGAGGCACGGCACAAGAAGAUUGGUA